GCCCCAGUCCUGAUUGGUGCGCAUUUCCUCUCUUGCAUGCGGAUCGAGUUUGGCGAUGGCACUAGAAGAUAUCUAUUGCUGCUGGCGCCUGUGGGAUGUUAUGCGCGCCUUGCUCUUUUGCGGAUGGCGUGUACCGUCAGGACCGGUCCUGCCACGUAGAUGCCUGCCAUGGCGGCAAUCGCGAGUAGGCCAAAUGCGAUGACUGAGGCGUCAGAGUUCUGGUCCGCAAGCGUCAUUAUGUUCAGCGUGUACAGUCCAGGCGUUAUCGCCACCCUCACGGCGUCCCUGAAUACGGCGUUCUCGCGCUCAAGGUCUGCAACAGCGGGGGAGAACGAGUAGUAGAACUGGUUGAAGCCCGUCAUGAAUGAUGUUCCAGAGUCAGUCGAGAGCAGCGUGUUGUCCCUGAUCUCACGCAGAAGCUGGACCUGCGGUGCAAGCUCACUGCCGUAUGCGGCGGUCGCAAUCAAGCAUCCGCCAGGGGGAGUGGUUUCGUCAGGCAUGUCCGGCACUACUUCGUCAGGCGUGUCCGGCAUGACGCCCUCUAGUGCGAUGGUGUCUGAUGCCGAAAAGUACGUCCCGGCCAGCGUCCAUGAGCCGUCCCUUAUGUCCCAGACGUCGUAGUUUGUCUGGGCCAGGUCGCCUGCGUCAUUGAGGCGCGAGGAGCCCAAGGCCCCAACAUACUCCUCUGCAACCUCGGGUAUCGCCGCGGUCAGCACCGCAACAUCGGUGCUCUGCUCCCUCUCUAUAGUCAGUCCCAUCAGCCACAUCAUGUCGUAUGCGGAGCUUGCGUAGGUGCUUGGUAUCCGUCCGAUGCUCUCAUUCAGGGAGCUGUCGACAUACUGGCUGAGAUCGUUCUUGCCUGAUGCCACCUGCACGGUGGUGUAGCUGGUGUCAGUCACAAACCCGAGUCCGAUGGAGUCCUCCACCAGCUUUGACUCCUUUGUGUUGGCGUCGCUGCCGAACCACCUUACGUCGCCGAGCACCUCGUAGUCUGAUGCGGCCUGCAUGAACAGAAGCACCUCGCCGAACCCGACGUACAGCACGCCCACCUUGUCGGCGCCGUGAUCAUUAACAUAUCCCUGCACGGUGUCUGCCAGGAUUGAGGCCUCGACUGAGAACUCGCUGACCUCCGGGUUGUAGCCCAAGCCAUCGUCGACUAUGCCGCCCCGGGACUCAAAUGACAGCCGUGAGGCGUCCUGGAGUCCGG